GUGAGAGAUGAAGCGCAGCAGCAAAACUUUUUAGGAGAGUGAGACGGCCGCAUCACAGCCGCGCUGCGUGAUGCAAAGUAAAACAAAGAAGAACUCCGAGUAAAGCGCAAAAGGAAAGUUGGUCUCUGAGGCAGCAGCAAUGGGACUCCCCACCCUGGAGUUCAGUGACUCUUUCCUGGACAGCCCGGACUUCAGAGAGCGUCUCAAAUGCCACGAAAUCGAGCUGGAGCGGACCAAUAAAUUCAUCAAAGACCUGAUCAAGGAUGGGAACAUGCUGAUCACUGCGCUCAAGAAUCUGUCUGCCGCCGUCCAGAAGUUCUCCCAGUCGCUGCAGGAGUUCCAGUUUGAGUGCAUCGGUGAUGCAGAGACGGAUGACGAGGUGAACAUUGCCCAGUCAUUCAAAGAGUUCUCCCAGCUUCUGACCACGGUUGAAGAGGAAAGAAGACGCUUGAUUCAGAAUGCUGAUGAUGUGUUAAUUACUCCCCUGGAAAAAUUCCGCAAGGAGCAAAUUGGCGCUGCCAAGGAGGGGAAGAAGAAAUUCGACAAGGAGACAGAGAAAUACUACUCCACGCUUGAGAGACACCUCAGCUUAUCAUCCAAAAAGAAGGAGGCAUAUCUGCAGGAGGCUGACACGCAGAUUGAUAAAGAGAGGCAACUCUUCUAUGAUGCGUCACUUGAGUAUGUUUUCAAAAUACAAGAAGUGCAAGAGAAGAAGAAAUUUGAGUUUGUUGAGCCGCUCCUGGCCUUUCUCCAGGGUUUGUUUACGUUCUACCACGAAGGAUACGAGCUGGCUCACGAAUUUGAGCCGUAUAAACAGCAGCUCCAGUUCAACCUACAGAACACCCGAAACAACUUUGUGAGCACUAAGCAGGAAGUGGAGAAGCUGAUGAAGAGGAUAAGGUCUGCAGACCAGGACUACAAACCCCCGGGCCAGUGGACGAUGGAAGGCUUCCUGUACGUCCAGGAAAAACGUCCCCUGGGAUGCACCUGGACGCGCCACUACUGCACCUACGAGAAAGGAAGCAAGACCUUCUCCAUGAGCAGCGCUGAAACCAAAUCGGCCGCGAAACAGAAUGGUCUUGUCCUCAACCAGCCGGAGAUGUUCAAGCUCAAGUCCUGCAUUCGGAGAAAAACGGACUCCAUCGACAAGCGUUUCUGCUUCGAUAUUGAAGUGGUGGAGAGAAGUGACAUCUAUCGUGGAACUCUUUUCAGGCCGCUUCAGUUUUUCUGUAAAGUCCGGCACGGCGUUAUGACGCUGCAGGCCCUCUCGGAGCCCAACAGAAGAUUGUGGCUGGAGGCCAUGGAUGGCAAGGAGCCGAUUUACAACCUGCCAGCCGUAUUGAACAAAAAGGAAGAAACAUUUCUUAAUGAGGCGGGCUUUAACUUUGUGAGGAAAUGCAUCGACCUGGUGGAGAUUAGAGGAAUAAACACAAUGGGACUGUACAGAAUUGGAGGGGUCAACUCCAAAGUACAGAAGCUGCUGACCACAGUCUUUUCAUCCAGGGCACCCGUUGAUAUCGACCUGGAUCCGGACACGUGGGACAACAAAACUAUCACCAGCGGCCUGAAGAAUUACCUCAGGUGUCUCUCUGAGCCUCUGAUGACCUUCAAGCUCCACAAAGAUUUUAUCCUGGCUGUCAAGUCAGACGACCAGAACUACAGGGUGUGUGCCGUCCAUGCUCUGGUUCACAAGCUGCCCGACAGGAACAAGGAAAUGCUGGAGCUGCUUAUCAAGCACCUCGUCACAGUUUCCACACAAAGCCAGUCCAACCUGAUGACCGUGUCCAACCUGGGUGUCAUCUUUGGACCCACCCUGAUGCGCUCCCAAGAGGAAACCGUGGCCGCCAUGAUGAACAUCAAGUUUCAGAACAUUGUGAUGGAAAUACUCAUCGAGAACUUCAGCAAGAUCUUCCAUCAGCCGCCGGACCCCAACGUGCCGCUGCCCCAGCCCCAGAGCCAGCCCGGCUCUCGCAGGAGCAGGGCCAUCUGUUUGUCCACAGGGCCCAGGAAGCCGCGCAGCCUCUACACUCCAGCACUGUGCCUGGCAGAUGCAGAAAGUGACACUUUCAGCAGCAGUCCAAGCAGCACCCCCACGGGCAGCAUGGAGUCUUUGUCCUCCCACUCCUCUGAGCAGAACAGCUCCACCAAGACGGCCUGCUCCGCUCGGCUCAAGGACAAGUCGCUCCCGGACCUCCGGCCGACGCCGUCGCGGCUCUCCGUCGGCCCCGGGAGCUCCGCGUGUCUCAGCAGCCCGGAGUCCAGCUCCAGGGAAGACGCUGGGCGCACCGACGGCGAGUCGGAGGACGCUCUCAGCCUGUCCUCGCUGAGCACGCCGCCCGGGCUGUCCCUCGCCCCCAAAAAAGCCCCGCACUGCCGCAUCGACCUCAGGCCGGGGCCUCUGAUCCGCUCCGCCGGCCCCUCCCUGAGGUCACUGCAUGUACCUGAAGGCCACCGAAGUUGCGGCGGAUCCGUCCGCAGUCUGUCAACACUGGAGCCCUCACAGCACCCAGACCUUCCCCCGAAGCGUGGGACCCGCUGCAGGGAGGACGCCUCGGCCAGCAACGGCUACCAGAGGCCCGGCUCCGUGGUCGCUGCCAGAGCACUGCUUUUUGAAACGGCCUCCUCGCCGAUGUCCGUCCCCGUUGGCCGAGACGCCAAGGCGAUGUAUUCCUGCGAGGCCGAGCACAGCCACGAGCUCAGCUUCCCCCAGGGGGCGCACUUCACAAACGUCUACCCGUCUGUGGAACCCGGCUGGCUCCAAGCAACAUACGAGGGGAAAACCGGCCUAAUCCCUGAGAAUUAUGUUGUCUUCCUUUAACAAGCUGGUAAACAUUUCAUCUUUUUCAUGGUAUCCAUGAAAAAAAGGACAAUGCACAAAGUGGCUCAUUGUUGUAAUGUCUCUAUUAUUGCAGGUAACUGACGUUUCUGUAUAGUCUAUCAAGCAGGCCAGUGAUGCUUUAGCUUUAACACAGCUAGGAAUUAAAAAAAUGUAUGUCCCUUUCUGCAAUGACCUCAUUGUUCAAUGGGGAUCUGCAGAUAUUCACAGGUGUAGAAAUAGGUUUUAGUUGAAGAAAUAUUACCCGUCGAAUGCACUGAUGUUUUUAAUCCCAGUAUUAGCCUCCAGAAUCACGAAACAAUCACAAUCAAUUUCACAAGUUUUAUUCUCAGAAAUAUAUUAUCUUUUUAACUUUCGCGCUGUAUCGACAGAACACUUUCCUUUAAUCAAUGGAAGUCUGCAGAUCCAUAAACAUUCUCCAGUUGCUGUAAUUGAAACAAACUGUGAUUUGAAAUAGUGAUAUCUAAUCUAUUAGAACCUAAUAGAAAAAGCAGAAUGGGUUUGCACCUUAACCUUCAUGUUUGUGGCGUGUGAUCAUUGUUCAUCCACUGCUCACUGCUGCACUUUCUGGUUAGCAACACGGCACUGUACUGUACAUUCAUCCUCAUGAGUCCUUCUGUAGAUGCUCAUCAAAAUAUUCACUUUGUUUAACUGUUUAUUACUAUAAAUUAUCACAUCAAAUAUAUGCCAUUGUUUUUUUUUUCAUAAUGCCAUGAAUGCUACUUUUAUGAGGUGGAGUUGAAUGACUCCUGUGGUACUGUACUCAUUGGUACACUGUUGUACCCGUGAUGAUAACAAGACAUGUUCUAGAUUAUAUUAUGUUAAGGAUACCAUUUGAUAUUUCGUUUUUAUAUAAAGUCACAACAUUUCCUAACUACAAGGUCCAUUAUUGAAAACAGUGAUACUAUUUCAGAAAUAAAGAAGUAAGAAAAUAAUCAAUCAACAAUUUUGCUCUUCAGUUAUUACAAACUGAAAAGGUAUUUUAAAGUAAGACUUUCUCUGGUGACCCAAAAUGUUUUCGGGUAAACUGUUAAAAAUCUUGCAUGUGCGAGGAUCAUGAUGUUCUUUUUCCAUUUACAUUUUUAGGAGUGCAAGGCGACCUUGAGCAUUCAUAAUGGAAUAAAACCCCCUUACACUCUGAAUUGGCAGGGGAAGUGGUACUCAUAUCCUAAAUAUGUAACUUUUGGCAUUCCUUUUUUAUAUGUGGCAAGCUUGAUUCCUUGCCGUCAUCUACUGUACCUUGAGAGUGCAUCAACAUGUCUAUAAAUAAACAGCGUGAUUUAUUGGA